AUGCAAUGGACUCUAAUACUGUCUAUAACAAAUGUGAUCUGCACCGCACCGCUUGCAUCGGCACAAUAUGCCGUCCCGAUGCCAAUGUACGCGGUGGCCCCAGCGGCGAUGCCGGUGCUGCUGCCGGCGGUGGCGUUGCAGCCGCCUCGCCCCACCACCACCAGCACCACCACCACCACGACGACGCCACGCAGCGUGGCGCUGGCGGUGCCGGUUCCGGUGCAAAUGCCCGUGCCGUUCGCGUACGCGCCGGCGGCCGUGUGCCAAGCGACGCCGCGCCCGGCCCACUGCCCCCCGUGCCCGCCCUGCCUCUGCCUGCCCUCCUGCACGCCGGCCUUCUUCUCGUACUGCUCGCCCUGCCACCAGAAGUGCCGUUGCCGCAGCGGCGCCGACGCCCCCCUUCCCAUGCCUCCCGUCCAACCUGUGCCCCUGCAGCCGCCACCGCCGGUAAUAAUGGUACCGUUCCCACCGAGUAUACGCUUACCCAGAGCCAAACACAAAUGUCGGUACUCCUCGUCAGAUACCUCGACGGACGACUCGAGAGAUUCCUGUUCAGACGACAGUUUGGAGACCAGCGACUCGGAGUAUUUCUAUAAAAGAGCGCGAAAGCGAAAAACAUCACACCGCAAACGAAUUCACGCCAGAAGGAACAACGAACGGCCGAGACACAAUGAAGUGGUGAAACCUGUACUCACCUACGUGUCGGAGAAUGGCAAUGUUAAGUUUAAAACGGAGAUCAGCAACGCGGAAGCAGCGCGGCUUCUGGAAAAGCGAGGCAGCCACGAACACAGCGGACAGAUGGAAAGCAUACAGUCGAGAUCGAACCCAGAGCCUCAGGCGCAAGGGACAAGUUCGCUAUCCACUACGCUGACUACGGUCGAGUUUCCAAGAUUGUUUUCGUACAUGAUUUCAGCAUAUCUAGAUUACCAG